UGGGCUGAUGCUACACACGCACAACACACAGUUUAACAUGAGUGAGCUGUGAGGCUGAGAAUGAUUGGGUGAAUUCAUAAUGAUGUAUUUGGGUGGAGACUUCCUGAGAAGGGUAUAAACUAAAGGACCAAGACUUUGUCAUGUCACAUUUCUACAUAACGUCUGUUUUUCUCUGGGUUUAAGAUGCAGCUUCGUGGAGUCCUGAUGAUCCUAUUUAUGAGUCUGUGCACAGCUCAUGGAUUAAGUUGUUACUCAUGUGCGACCACUGACCCUAAGAGCUGCACAGACACAAUCACUUGUAUAUUUGGAUUUGACCGCUGUUCCUCCGUCUCUGUGCUUGGUGUCCUCACUAAGACCUGCAUGAUCAGUAGCGCAUGUGUAUCUCCAAUCUCCUGCUGUGAGGGAGACUUGUGUAAUGGGGCCAUACCUACUGAUCCCACCACCAUAGCUACUGGUCCCACCACCAAACCUACUGGUCCCACCACCAAACCUACUGGUCCCACCACCAUACCUACUGGUCCCAGUUGCUGUAAGGAAAACUUGUGUAAUGGUUCCGUAGUUACUGGUCCCAGUGGCGUCCUCUUGCUGGUGUCCUCAUCCAUCAUCAUGCGCUUUAUCUGACGCUCUGGAAAA